CACAUUUAAUUCAGCAAUACACGGACCGAUAUAGCUACCCCCUCCCAUACGCAGACGCGUACACAACCACACACACAGACACACGCACACACACUUCAGGGUUUUCUUCACCCGUGGUUUCCUAGAUGCUCGAAGCUGCUGUUGUCAGAGCAAAUUAAAUCCGCACUACUGCUGGUUAGUGGUGACCUUGCUUGCCUCUGAUAGGGUUUUCAAUAUUUUAUUCUCUAUUCUGCUAUCUCCAUGGCUACAUCAGACGGAAUAGAGGGUUGUGCGCUGCAGCGAGGCAGAUCUCAAAGUGACCCGAACAUCCUUAGCGAGACCAGCAUUGACCACACGCGCAGCACAGAUGUAAUGGACCAGCAGAGGGCGUUGCACUCUGGCUGCUUGGUUACAGGGGUACGCACGCCCCCCAUUCGCCGCAACAGCAAGCUGGCCUCCCUGGGGCGCAUCUUCAAGCCCUGGAAAUGGAGGAAAAAGAAGAAUGAGAAACUGAAGCAGAGUUCUACGGCUCUGGAGAGAAAGGCAGCAGCACGGCAGAGCCGGGACGAGCUGGUCCGAAGGGGGCUGGCGGAGAUGAUGGAGUCAGAUUCAGCACUGGCCUGUGGGGGUAGUACUGAGGACCCUGGCACUCCCACGCAGGACUACUCAGAUGGGGAGGAGAGGGAGGAAGAGCCGCUGGCCCCCCUGGUUAACCUCAGCACCAUGGAGGACCUUGGAUCCGAUGAGGACAACCCCUCCACAGUGCGGGACUCUACAGAAGACAAUGAGACUGUGGGGGAACACAGCCCAAAUGAGGAGGAAGAAGAAGAGGAAGAGGCACCCUCUGCUGACACAUCUGCAAGCGCCCUUGUGGGCACAGCUGAGAAUCCCGAUGGGUCAGGGAAAGACGGAGGAUCCCCAGGUCAUGGGGACUCCAGCACUCCACCCCCACCUGGCCUACCUGCCAAGCUGCUCACCAGGCUGGGGAGUCUGGAGGGCUCUCACACUGACAUUGGGAAGACCUCCCAGCCCUCCCUGCACAGGAGCUCCACCCUCCCCCGACAGGCACCCCGGGGCCCUGACAGCCAGGGGUCUCUCACCCUUCGAGGGCAGAUCACCAACCCCACAGGGUCACCACACUUGGGCAUCCUCCACCCUCAGCUGCCUCCCAGCUGCAUCAUCGAAGAGCUGCACCGUGCUCUAGCCACCAAACACCGGCAGGACAGCUUCCAUGCUAAGGAGAUCCGCUCAUCACCCAAGCGGCGGUCAGACGGGAGACUGUCCCGCACUUCCAGUCUUGAGAAGGAGCCAAUGGGACAGGCAGAAAGCAAGAAAGACUCGGACGAGAACAAGGAGAAUCUCCGUCUGGAUCAGUACUACAGUGAUGCCUCCGGACUCCUCCAUGACCAGGACAGCUGGAAUGAGUCUGUGAUCUCAGGGACGCUGCCACGCAGGAUGAGGAAGGAGCUUCUUGCCGUGAAGCUGCGGAACCGACCCAGCAAGCAGGAGCUGGAGGACCGUAACAUCUUCCCCGUACGCAGUGACCAGGAGAGGCAGGAGAUCCGCCAGCAGAUUGAGAUGAAGCUCGCCAAGAGACUAAGCCAGCGGCCGGCUGUUGAAGAACUGGAAAGUAGGAAUAUCCUAAAGCAGAGGAAUGACCAGUCAGAACAGGAGGAGAGAAGGGAAAUCAAGCAAAGGCUGAACAGAAAGCUCAACCAGCGGCCCACAGUCGACGAACUGCGGGACAGAAAGAUCCUCAUCCGCUUCAGCGACUACGUUGAGGUGGCCAAAGCUCAGGAUUAUGACAGGCGAGCAGACAAGCCCUGGACCAGACUCUCAGCGGCUGACAAGGCAGCAAUACGGAAAGAGCUGAACGAGUUUAAAAGCAACGAGAUGGAGGUCCACGCCUCCAGCAAACACCUGACAAGGUUCCACAGGCCAUAGCAAGGUUUCUUCUGUGAAGAAUUGCUGAAGCCGUCUCUGUCAGCGAAGACCUUGAGAGGAUUCUUCCUGUGCCCUGGCCCAGUCUUGUGGGUGUCUGAUAUUUAGGCGCAGUGAACCUUGGAGGCUAUGUCUCUACAGUGGGCGCUGCCAGGAGAGGCGUCCCACACAGGGGGAGCUCCAUAUCCACUCAGAAGGACAUCUCCUGAGGUUUACUGAAGAGGGGAGGAGAACGGAGAUCCCACGUGCUGUUCGUUUCCAAGACAUUUUUUUUACGGACUUUUUUGAAAAGCAGCCUUUCGAUACCAGGGGUGGAGAUAUGCAUGUGACCAGCUUACCCUUUUCCUACACCGUAAAUGUUAGUCACACCUCCAGCAUUGUGGGCUCUCACUGAUC